CUAAUACUGAAGUUGUGUUUUUACCCAGGGUCAGUGCCACUUUAAGGCAGGCCCGUAGCUUAGUGCAAGGCUCAACUCAAAGAUAAAUAUUGCACCAUCGUUUCUGCAGUCAACAUUGUACAGGAAGGAGCCAGAGCCAUUUCAGCUGUUGCACUGGGACUGCAAAGUAUUGUAACAAUAUGAGCUAAUGAGCACAGUCAAAGUUGUUUUGUACCCUGCAUGCAUCAGCACACUAGUUACUUCCUAAUCAGUAUUGCACAAGAGUAUAAACAGUGCUGUUUGUGUCACAUGCACCAGGAAACUCAUGUCUUCAUCUUUCCUGUCAACCUUAUGGUAAAGAAAUAAAUGACAUGUGGAAACGGAGACACAAAACUCAUCCAGCAAGGUGUGGUGGUGUGCCCAUGGAGAAGCCAUCAUCUUCAGGGAGAGCAGCGCUGGAGGAGACAAAAGGCCUGGUGGAGGAUGGUGGAGUGCUCAGAGGGGCUGAGGGUGGAGAGGUGGUUGCUCACACCACCAGGAAGAGCAGCGCCUCCCGCUCUUCCCGCAAGAGCUUCCGCUUGGACUAUCGGUUGGAGGAGGAUGUGACAAAGUCCUGUCGGGACAAACACGGCCGCUGGACCAACCCCUGGCCCACGUGGAGGUUCCCCUCCUACUCAAUGCUGCUCAGGUUCUUGUUGUGGGAUAAAAAUCACAGCAAUGUGCCAACUAGUAAAGAGGCCUUGGACAGUGAGCUCCCAGUAAUAGAACCAUACUUUGUUCAGAACCCAGACCUCUCUGACUCCGGUCCAGGUCUGAGAGUAACCUGGCUGGGUCACGCCACAGUUCUGGUAGAAAUGGACGGUCUGAAUAUUCUGACAGACCCGGUCUUCAGCCAGAGGGCCUCACCUUUCCAGUUCAUGGGACCCAAAAGGUACAGAGGGCCUCCCUGCACUGUGGAACAGCUGCCCAGGAUUGAUGCCGUCGUCAUCAGUCAUUCUCAUUAUGACCAUCUGGAUACUGGAUCUGUGACCAGCCUUAACACACGCUUUGGAGGGGAGCUACGCUGGUUCGUGCCCCUGGGUCUGAUGGACUGGAUGGCAAAAAUGGGCUGUGAGAAUGUGAUGGAGCUGGACUGGUGGGAGGAGAACUGUGUCCCAGGUCACGAUGACGUGACGUUCGUCUGUACACCAUCUCAGCACUGGAGCAAACGCACAGCUCUGGAUGAUAACAAGUCUUUAUGGGGCAGCUGGUCUAUUUUGGGUCCGGACCAUCGAUUCUUCUUCGCUGGUGAUACUGGCUACUGUGCUUCCUUCCAGGAGAUAGGACGUCGCUUUGGACCAUUUGACCUUGCAGCAAUCCCCAUCGGAGCGUACCUGCCCAGGGACGUGAUGCAGGGGCAGCAUGUAGAUCCAGAGGAGGCUGUCCAGAUUCACCAGGACCUUCAGGCCAAACAGUCUGUGGCCAUUCACUGGGGGACAUUUGCUCUUGCCUAUGAGUACUAUAUGGAGCCGCCAGUCCGUCUCAGAGAGGCCCUGGAGCAGAAGGGACUGAAACCAGAAUCCUUCUUCACUUUGCAUCAUGGGGAGUCUCGCCUUAUAGCUUCACGGGAAGGAGACGUCUUUGACUGAUCCUCCACUCUAUAGCGAUUUGUGGGCUGAGUUGCUGUAGAUUUGUCUGUAACAAAGUGCAGAACAUUGUAUCAAAUAUAGAUGGACUUAAGUGAUUCAAGUAUGAAAUGCAUAUACUGAAAAUGUUCAAUACUGUUUACAUACUGAAUGUCUACCCUGCCAUCACACGGUCACUGGUGAACAGUACUACCUAAAAGAGCUGAAAAAAUGAUGGAUUUGUCAGGUUACCACAAUUAAAAAAGUUAUCUUAAUUCUUUAAGGCAAAUAUUAGCUCAUUCAGUGUGGUAUGUUCAUUUGUAAAAUCAUAAAAUUUAGAUUGAGAGGAUUAAAAUAGAUUUUAUCACUAAAAAACAAGUACAAGUAUCAGAAAAAAGUUUUUGUAAUCCCAAAGAAUGACAGCUAGAAUCAUAUUUAGUAAUUUUCUGCAGCUUUGUUGUGUCUUGAAGUGGUAACUUGCAUUCUGCUGGGCAUUAAUUUCAGAGUUUUUGUGGUCUGCACGCUGGUUUGAUAAACCUCUCAUCCCUAAGAAGAAAAUAUUUCUGGCAGAAACAACCUUCCAGGCCAGAGAAGUAAACUAAAAAUAACUAUUCUUAUGUCAUUAGUUUGCAGAACAUUACUCAUCAAUACACCAAAAUGUGUUCUGAGUUAUUUUCUGACUUUCUGAACAUCAGCAUGUAAUAUCAAUAAAAGUAGUUGCUUAUCCCCAGUUAUUAUAGUAACAACGUAGGGUGCAAUGACGGAGACCACAGGUAGCGUGAUGCAGCUUCAUGUCUACACCCAGCUGGGUGCAACUGGCUGUAACAUCAAAAAGAAAAACUGUUAGUUAUUCAGACUAAUGAUUUUCAAAGAGUGGUGCUAGCUAAUGCCACAUUACAAUGCUGUGAUGAUUAUAGUCAUUUUUUUGUCUUUCAGAAUGUAUUCUGGCCAACCCCAAACUACUCUAGCAAACAAAGUGUUGCACAAGUUGAGCUGGGUUCAACUUCAUGCACUGCAGAUAUUGUGCAUUGUUCCUGCGUGAAACAUUUGCCUUUUGAUGCUCUGAAACCACAACACAAAGAUCUUUUUCUCUCUCUUUGCUUAUCAGUGUGAUCAUCCACAUCUGCUCUUCUUUGAACUUUAGUUAACAAUUAGUUUGCUUCAGAACAGCAGUAGAAUAUUUUUGGUGCUCAACUCAAGCAAUGUAAUUUUUAAAAAUGUUUUUAAUGCCAUACCUUUAAAGCCAGAGUGUAAGAACACAUAACAGCACGGUUUUGUGUUAAUAUAUAGCCUGAAAGAUCAGACAGGACUCUGUGGUUUACAUUGGAUCUGUCACUGAAUUUCCCAUUAAAUGUACCUUGUAUUUAAAA